AUGGAGGUUAGAGAGAAGAAAGAGAUGUCAAAGCAAAACCGAUCAGCAAAUCUUCUUACUCCGUACACUUACCCCCAAACCGCCGACAAAAGAAACGGGUCAGACCCGGAUCCGGAUCCGGAUCCGGAUGUCGAUACCAACCCAAUUUCUGUAGCUCCAGCUCCAAGGUCAUACGCUAGGCCUCAAGCUAGUUCUCCGACGAGGAGUGUGAGGUACAGAGAAUGCCAACGGAACCAUGCGGCGAGCUCCGGUGGACACGUGGUCGACGGUUGCGGCGAGUUUAUGCCCUCCGGUGGUGAAGAGUCUCUUCUUUGCGCCGCCUGUGAUUGUCACCGGAGUUUCCACAGGAAAGAAAUAGACGGCAUAGACCGCUUGUUAGCCGCCACGUGUCUCCGAUCAUGA